AGGGACAGUCCUGAGGCACCCUUUAAAAUUAGGGACAGUCCUGAGGCACCCUUUAAAAUUAGGGACAGUCCUGAGGCACCCUUUAAAAUUAGGGACAGGACAGUCCUGAGGCACCCUUUAAAAUUAUAAACAGUCCUGAGGCACCCUUUAAAAUUAUAAACAGUCCUGAGGCACCCUUUAAAAUUAUGGACAGUCCUGAGGCACCCUUUAAAAUUAUAAACAGUCCUGAGGCACCCUUUAAAAUUAUGGACAGUCCUGAGGCACCCUUUAAAAUUAUGGACAGGCUUGAGGCACCCUUUAAAAUU